AUGAGUGCCAAUGAGGAACCGAACCAGUUGCUUCUCAAUGAUUGUCUCCAACGCUACCUAGACCGCAUGAAGCAAACGAACGGUAUUGAUCUUCCAUCGAGGGGCGUCAUUCAGGGUAACGAACUCGUCGUUUGGCGUCCCUUACCUGUGAGUCGAGAUCCUUUCGAUGACCCGACUAUGAAGGGACGGAUUCAGGAAGUGGAUCAUAUUGAUAACACAUGUGAAGAUAACACAUCGGAGUUCAUCGUGGAAGGUGUAGAUAGCGAGUCUGAAACGGAUACUAUGUCUGCUCAGUUCGAUUCUCCACAGCCGUAUAAGUCACAGAUCGAAGAAUUAGUUGAACAAGACGACGAAUGCAUGGAAAUGGAAUGUGACUAA